GUUGCAUGGCAAUAUGUAAGUGGAGGAAAGAAGACAGGUUUGACUUGUUGCUUAGAGUUUUUUAAAGUCCUGGUCUUAUUUAUGUGCGUGUGUGUGUGUGUGUGUGUGUGUGUGUGUGUGUGUUUAACGAGAGACCAUGCGGCUGUGUGCUGUUUCCUUUCUCUGCAUAAUGCAGGUUUUAUUCACAUUGAAAGCAGUGAAUGGUUACUAUGGACAUCAGUACUUCCUGUGCUACUUCUCUCAGAAUGUAAGCACCGUUGAAUUCAUUUACUCUUGGUACUUCAACAAGUUAGAAUAUGUGAGGUACAACAGCACUUCAGAUAAAUACAUGGGAUUCACAGACAGCAUGGUGUCAGAGGUGGAGCAGUUGAAUCAAGACCCCAGUAACAGCCUCUCUUUCUUGGUUGGAGAAAUCUGCUUAGAAUACAGAAAUAAAUUCUAUAACAGCAUCCUGAAGACAGUGAAACCUGAGGUCCUUGUGAGGUUACUGAGGCCCGAGGUUGACCUUGAACCAGCCGUGCUGGUGUGCAGUGCGUAUGAUUAUUACCCCAAAGGAAUCAAAGUGUCAUGGCUGAGAAAUGGCGAGGUCAUCAGUGAUGGCGUUUCCUCCACCGAUGAGCUUUCAAAUGGAGACUGGUACUAUCAGAUGCACAGUUAUCUCGAGUACAGAUUGAGACCUGGAGAAAACAUCUCCUGCAUUGUGGAGCACGAGAGUUUAACACAACCUCUCAUACACACCUGGGAGGCUUCACUUCCUGAGGCUGAGAGGAAUAAGCUGAUUAUCGGCAUUUUUUUCCUGGCGUUUGGAAUCGUUUUGGCCAUCGCUGGAUUUCUUUAUUACAUGCUGAGCUGUAGAGAAUGUCCUGCAGAACCAACGUCACAGUCGAUAUCUUUAGAGCGCACUGUUUCAGAGACGAGUUCAGAAGCUUCAAACUUAUAACCUACUGCUGUGAUUUUUUUAAAUAAAAUAACUCGAAUCUUAAAUGUAAGUUUAUAUUGUACCCCUCCUAACCACCAGGGACAAUGUUAUAACGCCUGGAUGCCUUCACAUCCCGAGACCUUUUACACAAAAUCACAUGCUGACCUUUUGACAUAUAAACUAUAUAGACCAGCACUUUAUGACUACAAACUACUCUCAGUAAUAGACAACAUUCUUUUUGCUAUGACAAGGGUUUUUUCUUAAGCUGUCUGUGUAAAAUUUUGACUACUGUUGGAGAUAAAGGUGAACCCGUCCUCCAAAGAGAGCUAGAGCUUCAUAUUAGCUUGUACCAACGAUAUUCCAUUUUAUAGAAAUGAAUCCAAAAUUCCUUUGCCAUGUUGUCAAAUUUGGAGCCAGAACUGCGCAGAAGAAAUGAGAAUCAAAGUCAGGUACACCUGCCCAUCUGAUAGACCCACCCCCUUUCCCAAUACCAAGGUCCAGCACAUCAUCAAGGCUGUCAAUCACUUAAUUCCCAGGUGUAGCCAUGCCUUCUUACGAUACAAUGGAAUAAUGACUUAAAAACUAACUUCUGGGGGAAAAUUAAAAUGUGCAGAUAUACAGGGAAACUGUAAUGUUACAGCAAACAGAGACAUUCUAUACAACUGUGGGCUUCAAACUUUGUGGAAACAGUUUGAGGAAGAACCAAACUUUGGGGGUAGCCAUGACCUGAAGGUUAGAGAAGCAGCCUUGGGCCCAAAGGGUUGUUGGUUCAAUUUGUGGGACGGGCAGGAAAAAUGUGAGGGGAGCUGUGUGAAUGAACAGCACUUUCCCCUCCCUCUAGCUGAAGUGCCCUUGAGCAGGGAAACUCUAACCCCGGGUGCUGUAGCAUAGCUGCCCACUGCUCUCUGUGUGUGUGUGUGUGUGUGUGUGUGUGUGUGUGUGUGUGUGUGUGUGUGUGUGUGUGUGUGUGUGUGUUCACUGCUUCCGAUGGGUUAAAUGCAGAGGAGGAAUUUCACUGUGUCUGACUGUACAUGUGACAAAUAAAGUCUUCUUCUAACCAUAUAUGGUUAUGAUGGUCGGGGGGCACAUACUUUUGGCUGUAUAGUAUAUGAAUAAUGAAACCUUGGCUAAAUCUUAUUUGUUUUGAUUUUUAAUGUAUUUCAGAAUAUUUUCUUGUGUGUUAAUAUAUAACAUGAUCAUGAAUCACGAUAUAUAAUGUACUAAUUAUGUCUGAACACGGAUAAAAUACCUUAAUUAUUGUAAUAAAAGAUGAUUUUCUCUCCAAA